GACGUUUUUACUCGAUAUCCUGAGAGUGUAAAACCUUUCAAACUUGAAGAGCAAACGACGAAGAUUUUCUUGUCAGAACUGUUUCCUUUGACUUUUGUCUUCUAUACGCCAGCUAUAAACCAUUUGGGAUGAAUUCUCCAGUGCCUAGCUACCUAUAUAGUCUCCAACAUAGAUACAAUAGUUUUGGUUCAUUUUUGACUGAAAUUGCAAGCAACAGAAACCAGCUUCUGAAGAGAAUUAAUCUUUGUAAGAACCGAAAGAAGAAAUUUUUUGAAACAUGGCAGCCAACUUCUUACUGUUUUCUUUCUUGCUGUUUACAGAUAAAACGGAAGCAAGGUACCCUUCUGUCUAAACCAGUUAACAGGAUAAAAGACCCUGAUACUACACCAGGUCUACUGGGUAACAGCGUUCUCUGAUGAGACUCCAAGGGCUUUAAGCUCUUCUGGAAUAUUAUACGAAGUACUUAUUACUAGGUAGAAUAGCCACUCUUAGAAGCCCAUACUGAAAUUUCUACUUUCUUAUCCAGAAGUUUGUAGUUUCUCAAGUGGAACCAAUUGAAGUGUUUCUAUGACUUUUUCCACGAAAAAUACCAACAAACACUAGUUUCUUUCUUGUAAUAAUAACUGGAAAAGUGAGUGGUAAAUAGCAGGUGGAGGAGGACAAGGAAACUUUCAUUUCCUUACAAAUGAAACUUUAUGUAAGAUUCAAGAAGGAUAAACCUUACAAUGAAUCUCAAUAAGUUUUAUUCCCUUCUUUUCAACGUUUAUAUCAUAGCAUCAGAUCGUUUUCAGAAACAAACAAACUACAAUGAUUGGGUUUCUAACAUUAGCAAAUUGCCGUAAUAAGUGGUUUUGUAUCGCCUUUGCAUAUUUAUCGAUUUGAAAGUGUCCGAAAUGCACUCAUGGUUUAUUCUUCUAGGAAGAUUCACCGAAGACUUGAAUUCACCAGUAACUUCUGUUACGAGCUAGAUAGUGGUGGUUCAAAAUAUAAAUAGUUUGAAAAUUUGCUGGACUAGGUUUAUUUAAGAAGAAUUUGAAGGAUUCUUUGCUUCAUUAUUGUCAUUUGGAAAAGAGAGAGAAACCACUUUGUGCUCAAUUGCUCAGCCAUUC